AUGGCAAGCAAUGAUGUGCAAUUGCAGCACACACAAGUGUCGGCCAUUGGCGAAAUUGAGCCGCUGCAUGUAGGUGCUUUGUUUGAGGCGCUAGCACGCAUGGUGCAUGUCCCGCCGCAAGGGUUUGUCGAGCGCGAGACGCUUCUGCAUCGCAGUGACGACGAAGCAGCGCGCGAGUUGGAAAUGUCGGACACGCAAUGGAGCAAUGUACGCCGCGCCCGUGAUCAGGUCCGUAUUUCUGUGCGUACGCAAGGGAAGACGACACAGUUUGUGCUGCCACAUCCCCCUGCGCCCCCGGGUGCAGCGCCUACAGUGGCUGUGCGCAACGUCGUCAUGGUCGAGGAUCUUACGCCGGAUGUGCCAUGGGAAGAAACGGCCACGGAGCCACUCCCUCUCGAUCCAGUCCAGAUCUUCAGUAUAUCCAUGGAGGAUUUGGCUACGAAAGCGGUUCACCGUCGAGGCUGGGACGAGUUUGCGUACAUGCUGAAUUGGUCCCCCGAACGCUCAUGGAUGCGCUACGGCCUCCGGUAUGUGCUUGUCUCGCAGAACCCGCUCGUCUUGCAUGAGCUCUUGGUGUUUCGUAAGAUGGAUUGGACGAUUGACGCAACGAAUCGGCCGGCAGAGCUGACGCCCAGCUCGGCCAUUCACGUCCGCGCUGUGUCGACCUUGCGCUCUGACGUCGGCGCGGGUGUCCCGAAAAAGAAGCAGGACGAGACAGCCCGCGCCUUGCAGUAUGCGAUCCAGCAUACGCAGCAAAUCCAAAAAUCACUGGACCCUAUUGUACCUCUACGUCGUGACUCGUAG